AUGUCUUGCUACGACCUGUGCCCCCCAAAAACCAGUGUCGCCGUCCCUCAGCCCAUCGCUGAGAGCUGCAACGAGCUGUGCGCCCGCCAGUGCCCCGACUCCUCGGCCUUCAUCCAGCCGCCCCCGGUCGUGGUCACCUUCCCCGGCCCCAUCCUCAGCUCCUUCCCCCAGCAAGCCGUGGUGGGCUCCUCCGGAGCACCCGCCUUUGGGGGCUCCCUGGGGCUGGGGGGCCUCUACGCCGUGGUGGGCUCCUCCGGAGCACCCGCCUUUGGGGGCUCCCUGGGGCUGGGGGGCCUCUACGGUGCCGGGGCCAGCUCCCUGGGGCUGGGGGGCCUCUACGGUGCCGGGGCCACCCAGGGCUCGGGAGGCCUCUGCACCUUUGGCAGACCCUACGCUGCUCCUGCCUGCAGCCCUUGCGUCUUGCCCCGCUACACCAAGAAGCUCUGGGACACCUGUGGGCCCUGCUAG